CUUUUUAGAGGCAUUACGGUAGCGCAGCAAACUGUCCCCCUCCUGCAACACACACACUCCACACUCGUGUACUCACACACACAGCCCUUAGUGAUUCAACCCUGAUUUCCAGCGAACGAGCGAGCAACAGACGGGAUGCCAAAAAAGUGAGGACCUGCGGAGAGGUUCCUCGCGCUGAAAGAAGAAGAACAAGAAGAAGAAGCCUCGUGAAGAAAAGAUAGAAAGCGCGAGGGGGAAGCGGACGCGUCAAAACAAGACGAAAAAGGCUGCGCUUGUUCUCCGCGGCAACUUGCGCACAGUGGCAGAGUUUUAGCGGCAGUAUUGUUCUGACUUCACUCCAGAGGGGCCACUCCGAGGAGAGAGGACGCACACAAAAGGGAAAAAGGAAAGGACUAACGAGCACGCUUUGUCGUUCAAAGUAAUGGUCCUGCGGUCUUAGAUCCUAGAUUUUCUCUGUUACUCUCUCUCCUCUCCUCUCUGUUUCUUUACAUUUUUUUUACAUUAUUGUCGUCCCAUCGGUCGGUUGGUGUCCCCCCCUCUUUUUUGUCGCCGCGGCAGAGUGGACGCGCCGGGGGCUCGAGGAGCAGAAGCGGGGCUGUCCACAUGGUCCAACCACUGGCGUGAAAGUUGACUUCUUCAGAACACAAGAGAACAGGUGCCAGUGAUGAUGGUGGAAUCAGCCUCUGAGACCAUUCGAACGACGCCGUCCAACCAAAACGGAGUCAGCAGCCUUAGCAGCCAAUCGGAUGGAGGGGGAGGUAGAGAGGGUGGGUCCAACGGAGACACCAACGGAGAGAUCAGCCCGGUCGACUUACUGCACCUGCAACAGCAACAGGCGCUCCAGGCAGCCAGACAGUUCCUCCUCCAGCAGGCCUCUGGACUAAACUCCCCUGGCAGCAACGAGGUCAAACAGAGCCCUGUGCAGGUUCCCGUGUCGAUGGCCAUGAUGAGUCCGCAAAUGAUCACUCCACAGCAGAUGCAACAGAUCCUGUCUCCCCCUCAGCUCCAGGCCCUGCUGCAGCAACAGCAGGCUCUAAUGCUUCAGCAGUUACAGGAGUAUUACAAGAAGCAGCAGGAGCAGCUGCAUCUCCAGCUUCUGACUCAGCAGCAGCAACAGCAGCAGCAGCAGCAGGCUGGGAAGCAGGCGGCAAAAGAGCAGUUAGGCAGUAAGCAGUUGGCCUUCCAGCAGCAGCUGAUCCAGAUGCAGCAGCUCCAGCAGCAGCACAUCCUUAACCUACAGAGACAAGGCCUGGUCCCCCUGCAGCCCACCGCCACCAUGCAGUCUCUGCAGCAAGCGAUGUGUCCGUCAGACCUCCAACAGCUGUGGAAGGAGGUGUCAGGGGUCCCAAGCAGUGAGGAGGCCCUCAAACAGGCCGAGGGCCUGGACUUGAGCACCAACAGCUCCAACUCUACCUCAGCCUUCCCCAAAGCUGCCAGUGCUCACAUCCCACUGCACAGCCUGGCAAACGGACAGAGCCACACCCCAAAGAGAGACAGAGCCCGACUGUUUGAGUGGAUAUCCUCCUUCACCAAGGCAGACAGCGGAGAGGACCAUGUCCCCCUUUACUCCAAAGGCAGUCAACCCCCCAGCAGCCAUCACGAGGAGCACGCCGGCUCCCAUCCUCUCUAUGGCCAUGGAGAGUGCAAGUGGCCUGGCUGUGAAGCACUGUGUGAGGACAUGGGACAGUUCAUCAAGCACUUGAACAAUGAGCACGCCCUAGAUGACCGCAGCACUGCGCAGUGCCGAGUCCAGAUGCAGGUGGUUCAGCAGCUGGAGAUACAGCUGGCAAAAGAAAGUGAGCGACUUCAGGCCAUGAUGGCCCACCUGCACAUGCGCCCCUCAGAGCCAAAGCCUUUUAACCAACCUCUGAACCUGGCUUCCAGUGGCUCUCUGCUAAAGCGGGACACUGAUGCCUACCCAGAGGGUCUUCCUCAUCCCCCCACCUCGGCUGCUGCCCCCAUCACCCCUCUGCGCCAGGGACCUUCAGUCAUCAGCUCCUCUAGCCUGCACACACACUCCCACUCCCACACGCACAGUGUUGGGCCCAUACGUAGGCGCAACUCUGACAAGUACUGCACCCCCAUCGCUUCAGAGCUGGCACAGAACUGUGAGUUCUACAAGAACGCUGAUGUCAGGCCCCCUUUUACCUACGCCUCUCUUAUACGACAUGCCAUUCUAGAGUCUCCAGAAAGACAGCUGACCCUAAAUGAGAUCUACAACUGGUUUACACGAAAGUUUGCCUAUUUCAGGAGAAACACAGCCACAUGGAAGAAUGCUGUGCGCCACAACCUGAGUCUGCAUAAAUGUUUUGUCCGUGUGGAGAAUGUGAAGGGUGCUGUGUGGACUGUGGAUGAAGUUGAAUACCAAAAGAGGAGACCACCAAAGAUGACCGGAAGUCCCACUCUGGUGAAAAAUAUGAUUUCAGGCCUGGGCUUUGGAUCCCUAAACGCCAGCUACCAGGCGGCUCUGGCAGAGAGCAGUCUGUCCCUGCUGAACAGCCCCUCCCUGCUGACCCCUCCAUCUGCUGCCAGCCUCAACAUGCUGCACGUAGGCCACGAUGAUGUCAGCUCCACUGUAGAGCAGGUCAACAGCAAUGGGAGCUGCAGCCCCACACUCAGCCCUCAACAGUAUAGCCACCCAGUGCAUGUGAAGGAGGAGCCCACUGAGGUGGAGGAGGACAGUCGACCUGUGUCCCUCCUGGCUGGUGUCACACAUAGCCUGCCGUUGCCAAGCGACGAGCGUGACCUGGAAGAGGAUCUCCCAACUGAGGAGCUUGAGUAAGACCUAUCCCCGAUGGACCAGAGGGACAAGACAUCGUGAGACCACACCCAGCCCUCUUGUCAGUGUGAAGAGGAAAAGAAAGCGACUUCAGAGAAAAGAAAGAAAAAAGAGAAUGUUUUUUUGUUGUUUUUGAGAAAAUGCAAACAACCAAGGACGACAUUGAGAAACUCCAAACAGGGUUAGAUGACCUUCGUUACAGACGCAAAAACAAGACUGUGGAGCACUGCUUUACCUCCGUGUGUUUCUUUUACAACACAUGGCUCAGAGGUGUAACACCACUCGAUGCAUACACACGCACACACAUUGACACUCAUUCACUUGUCAAACCAUGUGUCAUCUUCCACCUCUGUGUAGAGAUGUUUGAACACACACUCUCCUCCUUGCCCUGCCACUCUGCAUACAGCCUCCUCCUCGCUGUCGUCUCGGGCUGCUGAUUUAUCUCUGUGUCAGACGGGAGUCUGUGUGGAUCAUGUGUAUAUAGAUGUGGAGCAGUCGACAGAGACUGUGCAGUAUACCUCUCCUUCUCCCGGCCCUCUUUGAGUCAGUCACUUUGCCUUUUUUUUUUUCUUUGAUUUGGUUCAAAUUAAAGUUUUUGGGCUCCAAGAUGAGAAAGAAGAGCGCUAUCAAAGAUUACCUCCAACACCUCUUCAGAGUCCAAGAUGAGGCUGACCCAACGGAGGCGGUGUGGCCCUGCUCCCUGUCCAAGAGACACUUAGUGACACACAUCUUUCAAACUCUUUGCUUCUAUUGAGAUAAAAAAAGAAGACAUUUCCUCCCCACACCCCUACCCCCUCACUACCCAUCCCAAAAAAGACUGCAGGAAUAGGACCAUUCGGUGCUGUCCUCCUCUCCUCCAUCUGGAGCGACGAGCUUGAAACACUUUGAAAACGAGAGGAAGCAAAGAAAAAUGAGGGAGGAAGCGUCUACAGAAAUAUUGUGACUUUAAAAAAAAGAAAACUUUUCAUGAUCAUGGAAUAUAACAAGAAAAAAUGUGUGGUAGCUUUUGUCAUUUCCUUUUUUAUUUGAUGUUAUUAUCAUUGUUUUAUUUUUGAGGAUCAAUAUUUCCAUGGUGGUGUUCUGUUUGGACGUACCUUUUUCUAAGGAAGCUGUUUAAUUUUUUUUGUUUUUGUAUUGUAAUUUGUUUGAUUUACUCUGGCUGUUCACACCAUUCCAAAUGAGUAUUGACAAAAAAGAGGAAGAAAGAAAGCGCAGUAUUGUCCCAACUUGUGAUACCCAACCCCUAAAAUCUGCCCUUUUUCCCUUUCUGUCCCAAGUGUAGCAGGCAAGAAAAUUUGGAAAUAGCACUUAAAGUUGCCAUUAUCCAGACAAAUUAUUUAACAGCUGAAACUUUCUUUUUAUUUUCUCUCAUUCACUUGUUUUUGGGUUGUGUAUUUAGUUAAGAAAUAUCAGUAAUGCUUUAAAAAAUAUAUAUUAUUACUGCAGUCAGAGAAUACCUCAGCCCACGAAGGUUCCACCUGGAACUGUGUCCAAAUUGAAAAACAAAAAAAGGGGGAAUUCUUUCUGUGGGACACCAAAUGCGGCGACUCUGCUCAGCUUCGAUUCAAAGCUCUAUGGUUGUAAUAUUUACUGUGUAGAUGCUUUCUGCAAUUCACUGUGUGAGUUUGUGUUAAACAAAUAGCAACUGAGAUUUUUAGUUUUCUUUAGUUUUGUUUUCUGUGAGCAUAAAAGCAUUACUUUUCUCUACAGUGCCAUACCAAAUUUUGCAUUUAUUUUAAUCUAUUAUCUGCUUAUUCCCUUCUUAUUUUUGUUACAGGUAACCAAAGAAAUAUGUAGAAAACCAAAAAAACCUGUAGUUUACUUUGCCCUUUUUAGUUUUUUUUUUUUUUUUUUUUUUUGGUCUUCUUGAAGAAAUUGGCCAAAAGACAAACCAGGAGUUUGAAUUCUUAUUUGUGUUGUAUUCAUAUAACUAUUGUGUUGAACUUUGACAUGACUUACAGUGCUGACCAUUCCAAAAACCAAAGUGUGUAAAGCAAACCAGAAUUUGGAGACAUCAAAGCUUUUCCAGGAUGAGCCGUUUCAUGUGACUCACGUUAGAUACGAGGCCAAAUAGUAUUAACAAAACUCACACAGUUCCUCUGGAAAAAAAGAGAGAGAAAGAAGAGAAAAGCACUUAGAGGUGAAACCCUGUCGCUCACACACUCAGGCUAAACUGUGUGUAAAACACUAACUAAAGACUGAAAACACAAGGCAUUCUUUAAGUAUUUAAACACAACAUGGAUGAACCUUUAAAACAAAUACAGAUAAAAAUUUUUGGCCCUAUCAAAUUGACUUUUUCUGUCAUGAUUAAAAUUAGUUUUUCCAUCUCGGAAGCAAACAGCCCCUCUUCAUCUACAUGCAGGAAGAGGAAGCCUACUCUGAGUCACAUCUUUAGACAGGGACCUGUUCCAAAAGAUUACAAUAAAGAGGGAACUAUAGGAAUAAUAAAACCAUUGUAAGAGGAAAACAACCAAGGGACAUCAUGUAGUCAAAAAGUUUGGUUCAUAUUUUUUCACACUUUCUCUCUUGCACUUCAGACAAUUUUUCUUACUUAACGAAAGAAGCUUUCUGAAGGCUUUGUGUUCACACAGGACUGUUUCCUGUCACAUUAGAGACUGAUUUCUAACUCAAGUACAAAGUGGCAGACAGGCAUCUUGAAACGAGAUAAAAACCAAAAAUAACACUACCUCCUUUUCAAACAAACGGUAAAAACAAUUUCUUUUUCCUCCAUUCUUCCUGGAUGAUAAUAAUGAAUGCCAAAAUUGUUGUUUCACUUUCUGUAUGACUGACUUAAGAAAAAAAAAAAUCCGGACUCCCUGAUUCAUCUGCUUGAGCCCAAAAACACAGAGACGUUUUACUUUCCAUGGAUUUAAAAAACGACUACCUCUCCUUUAACCACAUUUUAAGCACUCUUUACGUCUCAAAGUGUGUCGUGAAGUUUUCUAUCUGCUAAUUCUGCACCACUGAGCUAUGUGAACAGCCUCUCAACGGUACGUGUGCAUACUCAUGAUCUCAGCCAAUGAGAACCUGGCGGUUAAGGCAGAAUCUAACCUGCACACACACACACACAUUGCAGUGUAACAGAAGCAUAGAAGCAGGGCUAUGGGUUAGUGCAACCAGAUAUCCAAAGACCCACAACACAGCAGCACCCGCACCACCAAAACACUCACAAAACACUGAGAGGACUAACGCCGUAAUAAAACUCAUCACUACUUCUAGUUCUAUCCAAACCAAGAGGAACUGCUGCAAACAGAACCGAGAUGAUCUCUGACUCGUGCUUUAAGGUACACCUGUAAACAAAGCUGUUUUCUAAAGAUGUAGAUUGUUCACAGGUUGCCAUGUAACACUUCUGUUCUCUCUCCAGCUUGGCAUAACAUGAUGUAUUCUUGUAUAUUAAUGCUUGACUUCUCUCUCCAGGGCAUUCUUUCCCAUUGUGUCCUUUGAUUUUCUCUUAUUUUUAUUUUCUGCACCUGUUUUUAGCUAUUGUAAAGCUUUCAGCUCUGAUUCCUAUACUGUACUGCUAAUGCUGAAGUAUAUGUAUUUAUCAUUAAGUGCUGCAGGUAUCUUGGUUUAUUAGUUCUGUUUUUGUUUCCACUUUUUUUCAGUUCUUCAUAAAACGUCUGGGACGCUGAUUUUUUAAGUGUAUUAUCUCUAAAAAAAUGAAAAGAAUAAAAGUUAGAUCAGUGGUUUAGGUAACACCUGUUUGUAUAUUUAUCUUAGCUAGGUCUAUUUUGAUACUUUUUUGUCUCUGUACUGCAUUUAUGCAUUUUUAAGGAAAGAAAAAAAAAACACAAAUGGAAAACAAACUAAAUAUGUAUUGAUACCUCAGAAGGACUUCUUCUCAAAGACAGGACCAAAACCUCCGAAAAAAAAAAAAGAAAAAGAGAAUGAGGAAAAAUGUCGGAAUAUGUAGCCCCUCUCUUUGCUUUAAAAAACGCGGAGCACUUGAAAGGUGUUGCUGUUGGUCCUCUCAGGUGCCAAUAUGUGUCCCAACUCCCUGUGGCCCCUCCCUCUUACACCCCUAACCCCGGUCAAUCCUGUGCUGAACUCUGACCCCUGGAGCUGUCAAUCAUCCUGCAGGCAUGACGGUGACGAUCAGUUGUCCCCCAGAGGCAGGUCAAAAACUCACUUUUUUGAUACUCGUGCUCUGCCGUAGUCGCAACACCAAAAUGUGGAUUCGCUCUCAGAGAUGCAGCUCAUUCUCUGACUACCAAAGGCAUUGCAAGCAAACAUUUGCUAAUUCCAAACUCCUGAAGUAUAACCAAACUGUAACCAAACCAAUGCCACAACCAAACAAAAACCAAGCUACUUCCAAAACUCUCCAUUCACAUCACUGAUCACCUUUACUGAUAGCUGCUAUCUCUCUAACAUCCACCUUAUGGUGUUGUAGCUCCAGCCUAUUUCCUAUUGACUGCUGACUGAAUCACAGGAGCCCAAAUCCUGUCAUGUGAUUGGACAGCUCUGAGGUGUCGUGUAAAGAGAGGGAAGGGACUCUCAAAGUGGAGCGUUGCCUGACGGUAUUAUCGCAUAGACAGCCCGAAUAAGAUGGAACUACCACUUCAGCUCUCCUCUGGUGAAACCUUAGGAAUGUGUGUACAUUUUCAGCAGUGACUCUCUGAAUUGUUUCUUAGUUUCAGUUUACCUCUCUUUAUCUUUUGGUUUUCGUUCUGUUUUUCUUAUUUUUCUUUUGAAAGUGUGACCCGAGGAAGAGGCGGGGACGGGGGACUGGGCGGUGGCUUUCAGACGGACAGUGGAGCCCAGCUCUCUGACCCUCCACCCCGGGUAGCCAUGUAAUGCCAGUCACUGCCCUUUCCUUCAUGCUGUAUAAAAACACACACAUAUAUCUGUGUAUUUGUAACCUGAAUCUUCUUGUGUCUGUCCAUGCAGACAAUAAAAAAACUGUACAGUAGGUCUAGUUGCAUGUAAUCUGUACUAAUUAUUGACAAUGGCAUUAUAAAAUGCAAUAAAAUACUUAUUACACUG